AUGUCAAAAUUGUAAACUGUCAAAGUCAAAAUAAUCAAUUGGAAGAACGAAGCGUAUGAGACAAAAUUCAUUAAAAUUAUUUAUCAAAGCAGUGUUAUAAUGGGACGGAGAAACAAAACAUUCUAUUUGAACAAUUAAAAUUAUCAGAUGACAAGGUUAUUCAAUGUAAAACAUUCCAUUCGCGAAGUCGUACCGAGCUCGACUGUAACCGUACUUCGUUACCUAAUAGUUUUAUUUUUUACAUAACUUCCGUAUUUUUCAUUAGCAACACGUGAAUUUAAUUCCAUAAAUCAUGGUAUAGUUAUGUGUAGUAUUAUACAAGUUACAUUCAUCCUACAUGGUCUGAAUUUUAGUUGCAAUGCAGUAAUUUUCUAACGUUUUUUUGAGUCAGAAAAGUCGAUAUUCUGUCCUGACUAUGACUGAACCAGCGGAAAAGGAUAUCUGGCGAGACACAUGGGUCCGCUACUUAGGGUAUGCCAACGAGGUGGGGGAAUCCUUCCGAGCUCUGGUCUCCUACAGGCUUGUUCGGUUCAGCUAUGCAGUGGCCUUUGGAUACACCUUCGCCGAUACUGCGGACAAAAGUUACAAAAUGUUAAAGACAGAUGGCCGACCGAAACAAGUGCUCAUAGAAGCCGGUGACGUUCUCAUAUGGCAGACGCUGGCGUCUGUCGUCAUACCUGGAUUCGUCAUUAACAGGUUAUGCACAUAUUCUUCAAUGGGUCUGAAGAGAUUUACAAAAAUAAAGCCUAUGACUAGGAAGUGGAUGGCAGUGGGUAUUGGGCUGUCAUCCAUUCCUUUCAUAGUGCAUCCCAUAGACGAUAGUACCACGUGGUUCAUGGACUCAACGUACCGGCGAUGGGUCAAGGUAUUGUGAACAAAUGAGCUCUAAGAGCGAAAAAUCUCAGUUAAAGACAUAGUCUAAGUACCGAGUACUGUUGCUAAGCCACAACGCUUUGUGAGACAUGAUUGUGAAACAAAAUCGAGUAAUUGGAUCUUUUUGUGUCUAGGAAUAAAUGGAUCUGACAACAUGAGUUAGGGGUUUUUAAAGGCAGCAAGAUUUGUAGUGGUUCAUGCAAGUUUAGUAGCAAAUUAGACAAGUUACGUGUUGUAUAAGAUUAUUAUGUUAUUGGGGGUUGACAUUUUGAGUGCUACUACACUUACUUUCAUAUUUUUUUAAUGGUCUAACUGGCUGCAAUUUUCAAGAGAUUUGAUGAAAUCCUUUGCGCAACUUUUGCGCAACUCUGCGCAAAAGCUAAGUUACAUUUGUGCAAGUAACUGCGCUAAUAAGUCUUUUUGGUCUCAAAUUGUCAGUCGUCAAUUUAUUUAUUUUUGUUGGUGCAAAAUAUAAUUCAAAUAUGCAAAUAUUUUUGUAUAAUUAUUUCAUUUUGAUAGAAGAUAAAUUGUAAUUUUAUAUACGGGACUAUUUCACCACUAGCGGUUGGGUUUAUUAGAAACGUAACUGACAUAUUUUAUAUGACAGUAAUGUGAUGUUAGGACUAAUGGAAACUUGACCAAAUGUGGUAAAACGGGCCUGUUUUAUGGUAAGCGUCCACAGGUCCGCAUCGUACGUAUCGUACGCAUCGCAUGUAGGCAUUGCUGAUGAUGCGAUGCGUACGAUGCGGAUGUGUUGUGUUAGUUUCUAUACAAGAAUAACUCAAAUCCGUUGCGUGUGAUGCGUACGAUGCGGGCCUGUGGACGCUUACAUUUAGUGCAAAUUUAAAUUUUUAAAUUAUAGUACAAUUUAUUUUAUGAUUUAGAUCUGAUGUAGAAAGUGUACCUAGUUUCACAGAAACUAGUAUUUCCAAUACUAAUGUCAUAUUAGUUUACAAAAUAUUAGAAUAAACGUUACUGUAUUAGGAAUAGAGCAUUAAUUGGCACAAACAGUACACCAAAUUACAUAGAUUUUAGAUGAAAUUCUAUGUGUGACUACUUACUUAUUUAGUAGUAAUGAUUGGUACAUUAAAACAGCUUUAAUUGCUUCAGACAUAAGGUCUAUAAUCUAUUGACAACAACACCAAUUGUGAUUAGAUGCAUUAUUGGUGCAUGAAAACUUUUUUUCUAAAUAAUUGCUGUUCCAAGCAUAUUCCUUAAACAAAUACUAAAAUGUAACUAGGUUUAUAAUUUAUAUAAACGAAAUGACGUCAAUUCAUAUAAAUUUGUUCCUAGAUAAAAUUAAAUCAGUAUUAUAGAAUGUAGUUAGGGCCUAAUGCGAGUUUGUUUUACUAUAACGCGAUUGGCAUGUUUAUGACGUUCGAUCGUUUUGAUUGGCUGCUCCAAUUAACUGACCAAUCAGAGGGCUGAACGUGUUUUGAUUGCGUUAAUGUUAAAAAGCUCACACUAGGCUCUAUGGUAUCGGAAUGGCUAGGUUUAGCUCAAAGGUUUUGCUAUUGUUGAAUCCAAGGAACUGCAAAGUGUCCUUAUAAUAAGUGAAAUGUUACAAUUAAGUAUAUAUUUGGAAAGCAUUUGGAAAUUGUUUUCAAUUGUUAUUUCGUCCUAGUUAAAAAAAGGCAGACAUUGUUUAUUUGCUAUUGAAAUUUUUAUUUUAACGCCUGUCGUGAUAGAGUUGAAAAUAGGUCUGUUUGUCUUAUUGUUGUUUUGCAAAAUAUUGAAUUGUAUGUCUAGGUGAAUUUGGUCGAUGGCUUCUUUAAAAGAAAUUUUGUUAAAAGUUGUAUUUUUUAUAAUAACUAUCGUGAGACAUACUAAAUUGACUAAAAAUCACGGUUUACUCACGUACAUUAAUCGAGAAAAGCUCUACUAGUUUCGAGUCACAGAGGGACUUCUCCAAGGCUGCGCAUCGUCGUCGCGUCUGCGCGCGCUGCUCAUAAUUUUAUUAAGAGUCUCUCUGUGACUCGAAACUAGUACGUAAUGCUUUUCUCCAUUAAUUUACAUGAGUAAACUGUGAUUUUUAGUUAAAUGUUCUAAUUUUAUUAUUGUUACCAAAUGAUUUUAUUUUAAUUCAAUUAAGUAAUUUAAAUUAUGUUUCUGAUAUAUAUUUCAAAAUGUGGUUGACACUAUUAAAAAUAAAAGAGAUUCGGCGGCAUGGCAAUGUGCUUGCUUAGAUUUUUUUUCUUUUUUUUUGGUGAUGGUAAAUUAUUCUUAAAACUGAACGCCGUUGUGGUCACCGGUGACCGACGUUAGCGGAGGAUUUGCCUUCAACAGUUUUCUAUUAGCAGUCAAAGACUUAAUAAUAUCGACUAACGGCGCGUUCCAAUAAACUACCGAUCGGUAAAUUUGCUUACGAGCCGUAGAAUUUUGACAUAAGCUCCAUACAAAAUGUGUCAAAAUUCUACGGCUCGUAGGCACAUCUACCGAUCCGUAGUUUAUUGGAAUGCGCCGUAAAUCUAUCUAGACUCACAAAACAAAUUCUUUAGUAAUAUAAUUAGAUACCUGUUUAGUCUGUGAUAUACAAUUCCAAAGUACAUAUAGUGAAUCUUUCAUAGUGAUUAGUUUUGACGAACAAUAUAAAAACCUAUAUUUUUUUAAUUUUACUCGCCUAUACAUUUUGUUUUUAUUUAUUUAUUUGACAUGUAGUCUAGCGAUAUUGUUAUUAUUAUUAUUUAUUCCUGUUACCUGUUGAAUAAAAUCUGGUUUAUCUCUGA